AUGGGGAUUUCCACUGUUGUCAUUGACAAGAGCCAUAAAACAAAACAGGCCAAGUAUGGUAGAGCAGCCACCGUCUAUCCACGAACAUCUGAGAUGUUCGAUCAAUUAGAUGUCCUGGAGCCACUUGUACAGAUCGGUUAUGUCAGUCGCCACUAUGUGAAUUACAAAAAUGGUAAAAGAUCCGGCCCGGGAGGCUACAAUAUGCUAUUGAGCCAAAUGCACGACACUUAUGCCGACUUCGUGCUCAAUAUUCGUCAAAAAUAUGUGGAAGAAACUGUCCAGGAAGCUUUCGAAAUCCAGGGCGGGAAGUUUUACGAAGGCACUGAACUUGUGGAUUUUCUGCUGGAUGUCGAAGAUCCUGACUUCGAUGACUAUGCCGGAACGGCGACAGUCAAAGAUAUCUCUAAUGAAUCACAGCGGCAAAUCUCAUUCAAGUAUAUUCUUGGUGCAGAUGGUACCCGCUCGAUCGUUCGAAAGCUAGCCGAUAUACCAUUCGUCGGGGAUAGCACCGGAAUGAAAUGGUUUCGUAUAGAUGCUGUGAUAAAGACAGACAUGCCCGACCACCGCUCUGGUCUUCUAUCUAUUGAAUCGCAGGCACAUGGAAACGUUCUAUGGAUGGCACUCGAUCAUGGACGGACACGAAUUGGAUUUGCUUUGCCACAAAAGCUAUUCGAAAAGUAUGGAACUGAUCUUACUGAAGAACAGGCCAAGGAAGAAGCGAAAAAGGCCGUUGCUCCUUUUACGCUUGAAUUUGAACAUGUUGACUGGUGGACACUUUACAGUGUAAGUCAUAGGGUAGCCGAGACAUUCAGAGCACAUCGCAGGGUCAUCUUAGUUGGAGAUGCAUGCCAUUGUCAUUCUUCCGGUACAGGCCAGGGCAUGAACACUGGAGUUCAUGAUGCCGUCAACCUUUCUUGGAAACUCGGGGGUGUUCUCAAGGGCUGGUACGACGAUUCAAUCUUGGAUACGUACGAGGUGGAGCGAAAACCAGAGGCGCAGAGGGUUAUAGACAACGACAAAACUGUUUCUGCUCUCAUCACUGGCAAAAUUCCCGAUGGGAUGGGUAGUCCUGAUGCAAACCCCAAUGAACUUUUACAGACUUUUCUGGACUCUAUCAAUCGCUUCAGUAUCGGACUUGCAAUUCACUACAAGCCAAGCAUUUUGAAUCAACACUCACAUGUAGGUCGCGUGCCCUCUGGUCAUAGGGGUCCUGAUCUGCUACUUGCUCGACCUGGUACUCGCACACCUGUUCGCUUGUAUCAGAUCACUAAGAAUGUGGGAAAGUUUUACGCAGUAGUUUUUUCUGGCAAUUCCGCGUUGACUAUCGGGGGCUUACGAAAGCUUCGAAAUUACCUGGACAGUAACGCCCCAUCAGCGGAUGAGUAUCUUGGAGUAAAACGCUUCGGUCCUGCAUUCUACGACACAAACCUGGCAGCAACGCGGUACGGUUUCUCUCCGGCUGCAGGUGGCAUAGUGAUCUUAAGACCUGAUGGCAUUGUUGGAUUCUCAGCACAGUUAGAAGAGGGAGCUGAAAUAGGUGCGUAUUUCCAAGGUUUCGUCAAUAUGGAAAGAGAGAAAAAGACGUUGGCUACCAAGUCCUCGAAGAAGGUCCCAGAGACAGGAAUGAAAGAGGUUGAAUUUGAUAUGGAAACAACGAGAUCUUUUUAG